AUGAUAGAUCUAGAAGACUCCAAUUCAAGUCCUUGUGUUGCAGACACUAGAGAUGCCCUAAUAACUAACAACCGUUCAAAUCAUCCGAGUCCGACGGAUGCAAAAAGUACAAACUACGAUAUCUUCCACCAAAAUCUCAGCGCAAACCCAGAUAAGAAUGGUCCACAUGUAUCCUGGCAGCUUAGGAAGAAUCUGGUUGAGAUUGAGUAUGACAUCCAGGUGGCAUUUUUAGACAAGGCGCUGGCUAUCGCAAAACUGGAAUAUGAUGUUCGGCCAAUAUUUGAAAGGUUAUCAGCAGUUUCAGGGCCAUCUAAUCUAUUUUCUGACACUGAGAAGGCAUUCGCGUAUGCGUUGCUUUGCUGUGCGGUGCUAACGAGAGUCUUUUCAACGGAAGCGGAUUGUUGGUUUCUGAACCUUGCGGUUGGGGUAAGGCUUCUCGUGUGA